GAGUUUGCACGGAAAAACCAAGGAAAAACGAUCGUCAUCACCAUCAAGCGAACUGUCGUCGUGCGCUUUUUUUCACCAGUGUUCCAAAAGUCCAAGUUUCUCACCGUGAUAUUUUCCAAUCAUCCUAAACCUUUCGUGCGAAGCGUUUUAAGCGUAAAAUUUACCUUUAAGGUGGCUCAAACGCAUUGGUUGUCACGAAACGCGGGCCAUCCCCGAGAGGGCCUGUGCGAUGUGGUCUGGCGACUGGAGCCAGUUUCCGCAAGAGUCUCUUCGGCUUUUAAAUAGCAAAGUCGAGACCAAAUCAUUUUUAGAGGAUGUUAAAUCACUCAUAUUUACUUUGGGCAGUGCCGAGGAUGGUGACAAUCAUAUGGUGCGAGUGGCCUGCCUGGGCCCCUACUUGCUUGCAACAACAUAUUUUAGUAAGGACUGCGAGAUAUGGGCAAGGAGUUCUGGCAUUUUCUUCCAUCCUUCCAAACUUUCUGACAAUGCUCUGACACCAGAGAUUCGCGAAGUCAUUCUUGUUCUGGACACACUGGCGUAUCAUGUUUGUCUCCUCCUUGUUGCCAGCACUGGAGGGAAUAAGUGCCACAUUGGUUGCGGUCUGGAAAACAAGCACCAAAACUUCCUGAAAGAAUUUGACAAAGAGGUCGUCUACUCCAAGGUUGUGGCUCUUGUCGAACCUUCUGAAUUUUUUAAGGCCUUCAGGAAAAAAUUGCAUACUACACUCAAGGAUGAACAAAUACUUGGUUGCUUCAUGAUAGCCCUAAAAGCCUCAAUGGCUCACUGUAGCGGUGUCUUGGACACCAUGCUGACCUUCAUAGUCAAGGACUGCACGGACAACGACAAGGCAACUGAAGGAAACCAACUAAAGGUGUCUGGGAAUAAGAAGUUCAAGGAAGGUGCAUACCUGGAAGCUCAUGCAUUGUACACUGAAGCCAUCUCGAAAGUGAGAUUCAACCAUCUGCUGUACAGCAACCGUGCCCUGUGCUCCCUACAGCUGAGCCGAUACAAAGAAGUGGAGUUAGAUGCACGCAGGGCCAUAAUCCUUAGCCCCAACUUUGAAAAGGGUUAUUACAAGACUGCUCAAGUGUACGAAAGCCAGAAACAGUGCCACCAAGCGAAACAAGUGAUGGAGUACUAUAUCAAACGCUGCCACCUGCGUGUUGUGAAUGUCAGUGCAGAGGUCAAAGACUUCUAUGAGAAGCUUGGGAAAGCAGUGGAACAGAAAAAGAAUGGAAAGACUGAGCCUAAAAGCUCGCAGGCUGUGCCCAUCAAAUCCAAAAAGAAGCCAGUGGCACUUGAGCUCCUCUCGGACUCGGACUCUGAAGACACGAAACCUGCCAAGCCCACUCCUGUCUACAAAUCAAACAUUCCACGGGCGACACUCAUCAAAAAGGCCUCGGAGGACCUCCUGGCUGGUCUUUUCAAGUCAGCUUUGCAAGGCUAUAAGGAAGCUCUGGCAUCAAAGUCGGCCAUGCCUGAAUCGGAAUUGGUCGUCUUGAAAUAUGCAGCGGGACAUGCUGCUGCCAGCCUCGACUCACUGGAGGAUCUCAACGAAGCCGAGAAAUGGUUCCUCGACAUCACUGCAAACCACAAGGAUAUUAUUUUCCCACUCGCUUACCAUGGUCUAUCCCUAGUCAACAAGAGAAUGAACAGAUUCUCUGAUGCCUUGCCAUACCUGGAAAAAGGUCUAAGCAUACUCAGCAAGGGAAUUCGCUUCAAUGAAACUGUGCUCUGGCCUGGGACCAAGACGAAAAUUGACAUUGCCGAAAGGACGAAACUACAGAGGUCCCUGGAAGAGAUGCAGGCGGAGUGCCGGUCUCCCCCCGAGCGGGACGCCAUGUGCUGUAGGGAGGAGUGUCCCCUGCAAAGGAACAUCUACUACAGCGACCCGGACUUUAGGGGUUUUCAGCAGCUGCACUGCCACUCCCGGUGCCUGGUUCAGUACCACCCAGCCUGCUGGAAGGAGAUCAGGGACGCCCGCAGCCUCACCGAGAAGGGAUUCUUGGGAACCUUGUGUCCAACUCCUGACUGCAAUGACAUUAUCAUCAAAGUGGAGACGAUUGAGAAAGACGGAACAGUGGGAAGGAAGUUUGUUCAUUCGGAUUUCGAGAAGGAGACUGCUCCCAAACAGAAGAAAACAAAGAAGGAAAAGAAGCAGGAGCUGCGGGAGAUGAAGAAGAAGCAGAAGAAGGGCGACGCGGCCGUGCCCACGAAGCAGCCGUCCCUGGAAAAGGAGGACGAUGCCACGUCGGUGGUGAGCACGGGCUGCGACUCGGUCAGCAGCGCCUUCCAGGACGAGGUGUCCGCGGUCCCCUCUGCCGCACCCUCGGAUGUGGCAAAGGGGGCCAAGCCACAGGCCAGGGCCCCCCCUGCGCCGGUCUCCACUGGACCGGACGAGUCCAGUAACGAAGCGGCUACCAGUUGCGCUUUGGUCCAGCCUUUGCCUGAUGCUCCAUACCUACUCAAGCGGGAGGAGGAGGAGGAGGAUGACGUUGUUGACAGUCGGCCCAAGAAGUGGAAGAGAAGGAGACCCAAGAAUGUCUUGACCCUGGAAUUGGACUCCAAUGACCAUCUUUACUCAGAGUACCAAGAAAGGAUCCAAAAGCUGGCCCAGUACAAGAACAUCAUAGAGGACCAUGGAGACUGGAAGACUUUCUGCGAAAAGAAAAAGCAAAUGAUUCCUGAGCUGGAUCCGGAGGCUCCCUUCUUCAUCCCGGAGGCACUGAGGAACAAUGAGGCUGCCUUGGAAGCCGUCCUCCAGCAUCGCAUUGGUUUCGGGGAUCUGGGGAAUGAAAGUGUCCGAGAAAACGUCUACCAGUACCUGCAGGAGCUGAUCCAGAGCCACGGCCCCAUGUCCGUGCACGACCAACUGUUGCAGGACGAGGUGGCACUCUUCCCUCCCGUGGCCCGGAGCCUCAUCGAGGAAGCCGGGGGGCUGCAGCGCUUCCUGAUGCACUCAAUGCGCUUCUUCUUCAUCGACGAUACCACGGUGCAGACCUAUGGGACCUGGGCAGCUUCUGAAGACAUGAGUCUGGAGGAUGGCUGCUCUGACUAUCUGGAUGAAGACUACAAUGACGAUGAGUGGGAAUCUGAAGGAGAGGAGGAGGAGGAGGUUGGGGAUGGCGAUGGCGAUGGCGGUGGCUGGCGCUCUACCCCAGCACAACCAACGGUGCCAGCACAUCCGACGGUGCCAGCACAUCCGACGGUGCCAUCACAUCCGACGGUGUCAUCACAUCUGACGGUGCCAUCACAUCUGACGGUGCCAUCACAUCCGACGGUGCCAUCACAUCCGACGGUGCCAGCUCAACCGACGGUGCCGGCUCAACCGACGGUGCCAGCUCAACCGACGGUGCCAGCUCAACCGACGGUGCCAGCUUCUGCUGUCACAGUACAACCCCUCGCUCCCAACCUCCAUCCCCACGCACAAGACUUCGGGGUACAGAACCUGCUGGCGACGGGCCUUUCGGGAAGCGGUGACAGCAGGGCCGAACCUCGGCUGGACCAGACGGUGGCAGCAUUGCCCCAGGAGGGGGGCACAGCGGCAGUUGUCCCGAGUGAUAAGGGUGCUGGCCGGGAGCUGGUGGUGCGGCAGCUGCUGGCAGGACUGGCGCCCAGGCAGCUCGCGGAAUGCCUGGUGGAUGCGGUGCAGGGCUUCAAGGGACCCCUCACUCCCAAGAUGCUGGGCAAGGUCAACAAGAAGUUGGAGUUCUGCAGGCUCUCCAACAAGUCCACCAUGCGAGACUACUUUGUCCAGGUCAACCUGAUACAAGCUGCCUCCGAUGAGCACAAUGUGGACCUGAAGAUGUGCCAGGACCUGAAGCUCGAGAAUGAGCGCCUUGCAGAGAAGCUGGCCACUGCCUUGGACCAGAAUGUGCAACUACAGAAAAAGCACACUCUUGAGACCAGUCAGGGCAAAGAGAAACUGGAGGAAGUGAGCAAGGAGCUUCAGGCUACCAAACAAAUGCUGAAGAAAACAAGACUUGAGAGUGAGGCUGAGUUGAAGAAGCACCAGCAAGAGAAAAUUAAGCUGAAGGAAGAACUCAAGCUGCUCAAGUCAAGCAGGGAUGAAUCUGACCUGAAGGGUACCUUGGAGAAGACCUUCACUGAAAUGGCAAAGUUGAGGUCUGAGAAUGGAGACCUCCUGGAAAACUGCAAAUCUUUUGAAGAAGCUGCGGACGUGGCCAUGGAGAGGGCGCAGCUAGCCGAGGUGCGUAUUCUUGAGACAGCCCUGGAGUGGUCCAAGGAAAGGCACGACCGGUCAACAAAGCCAGUGGAGAGAGCUCUUCAGGAGUUGGAUUACCGGCUCUCACUGCCAUCAGACCCCACGUAUCUUGCUGAACUCACCAGAAUAAAAGGACUGGCAGAGAAAUACCGAAUGGAAUGGAGCAAUGCCUGCAAGGAGUUUGAGAGGAAAGUAAAGCUCCACGUGGAGAGAAUAAAUGCCGGAGAGACACUGGCCAGUCUGCCCGUUCUAAACCUUCCUUCGAGGCCGGACUUCAAAAUUCACAUUCCUCUUCCUCCGCCGCCACCCGCCUUCCAAAUGAGGGAAUCUUCUGGCCUGUUGUAUCCACCACCACCAAUGGCAUUGUUUGCUCCCCAAGGACCCACGUCGCGACCGAGGUUGCCCGUGCACCGGCCUCCUCCUGGAGUGGUGCCCCCCGCGGCCCCUCUGUUGUCCAUUCCAAAAGUCCACUUUCCCAACGGAGCCACAGCCAGGACUGCCGAGGCCUGCCAGCCACCCAGUGGGCCCCCUCCUGGCAUCGGCCGUUUCCCAGGCAUGAGCGGCUCCCACUCAUCCGUUGGUUCUUCGAGGGGUUCUAGUCCUGGCUCGGAGGGCUUUCCAGCCGUAACUGCUGGCACGCAGUCGGCGAGCCGAUUUGACAGGGCGGAGGCAAGCGCUGCAGCCGAGACUCCAGUGGCAAGAAGUGAGAAGCUGUUUGCAAAGCUUUCUUCCAAGUAUCCGAAUCACUCGGGGGAGGACAUAAAAGCUGCCCUACAGAAGGUGUACAAGGAAUGCAAUGGCCUCAAGGGCAUGACCAUUGCACAGAUCAUCAAGGCCACUUCAAAAGUGAUAGAAAGCAAUUCAGCGGCCGCUUCCAAUGCUGCUUCCUCAGUGUCCGUUGUCAGGAUGUCGAGGGUCGUUGGCACGCUGAGGGACAUGAAACGGGAGAGUGCCAGGCCGACAGUGGAUGUCCAGCAAGGGCAAUUUCAGCGUUCCUGGGCUCCGACCGGACCCGCUGGCAAUGGUCUGGAGGCCAUGCGCUGGAACGGCAAGGACUCCCAGUGCAGCAUCUGCCUCGAGGACCUGGAUGGAAGCAGCAAGCAGAUGCAGACAUCCUGUGGUCACAGCUUCCACGAGCACUGCCUUGAGAAGUGGUACAAGACGGACCAGAGCUGCCCCAACUGCCGUACUCCCAGCUUGUCCGAUAAAGACUUCCCCAGCCUGGGGAACUAAAGCGUCACCAAAUCUUGAAAAAAAGAAAAACACGUUACAAUUUUUUAUGUCUGUGUGAGACAGCAGAGCUUUUUGUGCCUUAGUGUCCUGUUAUGUUUCGUGCCAACUUAAGGAUUUCUGAAUAAACAAAUGUCUUUUUAUUCCAAUGAA